GUGUCAUUGACUGCAUGUUGGGACACGUCCGGAUGCACGUUCAUCACUGACGGGUCAACUGACCGCAAGAAUCGGCUAGUGAUGAACUCCUUGGCGGUCGGGGAGCAAGGGGCAUUCCUUGUGGCGACAAUGACAAUGAUGGAGAGGAAGACGAAUGCCCCGACAUUGGCGAGGUUGUGGGAGCAGGUGACGAGGGAGAUUGAAUUGAAAUGCAUCAACGCCAUCUGCACCGACAACGCAGAGGUGAACAGGAAGGCGACACAAAUCCUAGAAUGGCGCAAGGACAAGGAGGUGGCCAAGAUUCCUUGGUUUCCUUGCGGGCCACAAUGCUGCAAUUUCCUACUGAAGGACUUGACCAACCUGUCGUGGAUCAAAGGCAUUGUGAAGACCGCAAACACGAACGACAGCGGGUACAUUGAUGUGUUGGGUUCCUUCUUCGAGCCGCUGAUGGAGCCAGAGAAGAAUGAUGGAUCCGUGUUGUCGGGCCCUGCUGAGGAUGCUGCAAAGAAAGAGGAGGAGGAGGAGAGGCGAAGGAGAAUGGUGAAGGCUCCAAGAGCCAGAAUUCCCAAAGACCUUGUGGAUUUUGACUCCAGCGGCAUCAGCAAGCUCGAGGAUCUCGUGUGGAAGGGCAAGUGUUGGAACGAGUCAUCAUCGGAGGACUGCAGCGAGGAGGAGGCAGGGGACGCCAAUUUUGAGCUCCUUGAGGCACCAACUGUCCCAACAACCACAUAUGUUGGCACGCGUACACAAGGACGAGAGAGGGAUCUUAAGGUGGAGACAACGCCGGUCGUCAAUACAGCGGAUAUGGGUGUCGGGUUUUUGCUGCACCCCCACGACGAUCCGAACGAGGAGGAGGCCACACGUGCUAAGGCAAUGGUGGACAAGGAUGCUGAACUUGCGGACAGGCGAAUGCGUGCGGAGGAGGCCCGUCGUGCUGCGCUCCCUACCCCCAGGGAGAGGGAGAGACACAGUGCACAACUCGACAAGAACAUUGAUGAGACGGUGAAGGACGUGGACAAGGAGGACGGGGAGAAGAAUGUAAUGCAUGAAGAAGAGAAUGUGGUGCAGCAGGGCGGUGACAAAGGGCAGCGAGCGGACGAACCAUCUACGCACCAGAAGAUGGGGGUUCUUAAUCCAGCAAUGGAGAAGAGCGGGCAACAGCAGGAGGAGGCUUCGGAGGCAGCGAGAGAGCAGCCUGCUGGGGGUGUGGUGGACAAGCGCAGGCCCUGCCCACACGCGAGACAACAAGUGGGAGUGGAGGAACAAAACACUGGCCAGCAGGCCACAAUGAGUGAGCAGCAGGAGCAGCUGGAGGAGCAACAGGCUGCAGAGGAGAUCGGCACGCCCCCAUUCCCCGCAGAGAAUGAGGCUCUGCAGCAUGACAACCUAUUGAAGAACAGGGCAGGGAGAAAGAGGAAGCCACCCCUGGAGGAGUCCCCAACAGCGCCCGGGGCGACCCCGGAAGGCCCAAAAAGAAAAGACAGUUACAAAAUCCCCGAGGCACCAUGGACGCCACAAGGCAUAGGCUCACAAGAAGGUUGUCGUUAGUGAGGAUGACCCGGAUAGCGAUGCCAAUGCCCCACAAUCUGACGAGGAGUGCAGCCCAUGCGA